GUACUUAUUAGAGUCAUGGCUGUUGGGGUAAACCCCUUCGAGACUCACGUGAGGGCCGGAGAGUUCGGACCCAGAAACAUGCCGUUCACACCUGGAAGUGACGCCGCUGGAUUCGUAGAGAAGGUCGGCACAGGGGUCACAGAGUUCAAGGCAGGAGAUCGGGUGUACACUACGGGUACCCUGUCUGGUUCAUACGCCGAAUUCGCCAUCGCUAUCCCUCAGUAUAUGUCACACUUAUCUGAUCGACUGAGCUACGCCCAAGGAGCUUCCAUCGGCAUUCCAUAUCACACGGCAUAUAAAGCACUGCAUCUCAGAGCUCAAGCCAAACCAGGAGAGACGGUUUUGAUCCAUGGGGGUAGCGGGGCGGUGGGCAUUGCCUCCAUUCAAGCGGCCAAAGCCUUUGGUCUACGAGUUAUUGCGACAGCGGGAACGAAAGGCGGUCAGGAUCUGGUGAGACAGCAUGGGGCAGACGCCGUCUUUUGUCACAGAGGAAAGGGCUAUAUGGACAAGAUUAAGAUAAUCGGUUGCCGGGGAAACAUCGAAAUCAACCCCAGACUGACAAUGCUCAAGGAAACCAGCAUAAUUGGAAUGGGUCUGAUGACGGGAUCCGAUGUAAGUAUGCUUAGAGUUAGGAAACGGGGUGGGAGAGAGGGGGAGUGA